GGUUUAAACGGAUGGGACGCAUGCGACGCUGUUACUGGACAUAGUCGGUGGUCCAGGUUUUGAUAAAGUACGUGACAUUGAGACAGCGGUGCCGCAGUCACCGUGUCGUCGGUGAGACUGGAAGACGAAGCGCUCGUGGGAUGAUUGGUGAGGUGUUCCACUGACCGCGCCCUCAUUUCGCGCCCAUAGCCGCCACCGGGAGACCGCGCAUAGAGCAGAGCUGCGGUGGCAUUGCAUGCAGGUGGAGCGGCUUGACGCGCUCACACAGCCGUCGACUGAACGGCAGCGAAAGGGGAGGGCAAACGCCGCAUUUCGCCUCUCUGGACUAUACAAGAGACAAAAGAACAAUUCCCAGUGAGAAGUGGGGAUAAAGCGCGCUCGCUUACAGCCACAAACCCAGGCCUGGACAUUGGAUUUCUGGUGGUGACGGCUUACCGGUGGAAUGCAGAUGCACUUCUCUAAAGGAAGCUGAGGUUUUCUGGGGAGAGAAAUCAUGUAUUUGACCUACUACCCACAAAACGAAAAAUACAACCGCAGCAGUAAUCCUACUUUUGCUAGAGGAAGUGUUCCUCAAUGGAGUUAUUCAGAAGAGAAUCAAGAUGGAGAAUCAAGUGAAAAGAAACUCUAAAAUAUUAGGUUUUUUUUAGAAAACUGGGACCUUGCUAUUUCUGCAGUGCUAUUUUGGAAAGGCCAGAUAAAUUAAUACGCUAGACUGGGAAUAAAUCUCUCCUCUGCAGUGGAUUAAGAGAAACGGAACAUUAGAAAAGGAGGAUUAGGAGCACGCUUGGAAGAUGAUGACGCGGAAGUGGAGGUGCGGUGUGAAGUUCUCGCAGGCCUCUGUUUGGCUGGGACUCAUGGUGGCCAUCGCAGUCACCAUGGCUCUGGAGUUCGACGGUCUGCCCGGUCAGUGGGUCCGCUAUGGACCCUGGGAGGCGGGAGCCACCGGCGAGCUGAGCUUCACCAUGAAGACGAAUAUAAGCAAAGCUGUAGUGCUGUACCUGGACGAUGGCGGCAACUGUGACUUCCUGGAGCUCUUGAUCAACGACGGCCGUCUGCAGUUGCGCUUCGCCAUCCACUGCGGCGAGCCGGCCUCGUUGCACAUGGAGACACACGUCAACGAUGAACGCUGGCAUCGCGUGCUGCUCACGAGGAAUUACCGUGAGACCAUGUUGGCAAUGGACGGGGAGAGCAAAGUGGCGGAGGUGAAGUCCAAGCGAAGGGAAAUGAUGGUGGCGAGCGACUUGUACGUGGGUGGCAUCCCACCGGAUGUGCGCCUCUCGGCCCUCACGUCCAGCACGGUCAAGUACGAGCCGCCUUUCCGAGGCCUGAUCGCAAACUUGAUGUUAGGAGAGACUCCUCCUGCUCUCCUGGACAGUCAGGGUGUGAAGAAUGAUCUGGAAUACCUGUGUACCAAACAAAACCCCUGCAGCAAUGGAGGACGCUGCUCCAUCCGUGACAGCGAGGUGCUGUGCGAUUGCUCCAAUACUGGCUACAAAGGGAAAUACUGCACUGAAGCUCUCCAGCAAGUUUUCGGAGGUCUGGCGCACCUGACGUUAAAGAGCCAAGCCCCAGGAGCAGCUCCUCUGAUGGCCACUCCUGCAGCAGGUGAUCCAGAAUCAGGCCAAGUGGAGUCAGUGGCCACGUUCAAGGGUAAUGAGUUCUUCAGCUACGACCUGUCCCAAAAGCCUAUCCAGAGCAGCACAGAUGAAAUCACCCUGUCCUUCCGGACGCUGCAGCGAAACGGCCUCCUGCUCCACACCGGCAAAUCUGCAGACUAUGUCAACCUGUCUCUGAAAAGUGGGGCCGUGUGCCUGGUCAUCAACCUGGGCUCCGGUGCCUUCGAGGCUCUGGUGGAGCCAUCCGAUGGCAAGUUCAACGAUAACGCAUGGCACGCGGUCCGCGUGUCCCGCAACCUACGUCAGCGCGCAGGGGUUGGACUCCCUACGGUAAACAAACUGCAUUAUAUGGUGACGAUAUCGGUGGACGGCCUGCUGACAACCACUGGCUACACCCAGGAGGACUACACCAUGCUGGGCUCAGAUGAUUUCUUCUACGUGGGCGGCAGUCCGAACACGGCAGAUCUGCCCGGCUCCCCUGUGAGCAACAACUUCAUGGGCUGCCUUAAAGACGUGAUCUACACCAAUAAUGAGUUCAGACUGGAGCUCUCCCGCCUGGCUGAAAUGCGUGACCCCAAGGUCACCCUCCACGGUGACCUGACCUUCCGCUGUGAGGAUGUCGCCGCGUUAGACCCCGUCAGUUUCGACACGCCGACCGCUUACGUAACCCUUCCGCGCUGGAACGCCAAGAAAACUGGUUCCGUGUCCUUCGACUUCCGAACCACUGAACCCAACGGCCUCUUGCUGUUCAGCCACGGCCGGCUGCAGGGUUCCAAAGACCGCAGACCGAAGGUUGACUUCUUCACCAUGGAGCUGCUUGAAGGCUUCCUCUACCUGCUCAUGGACAUGGGCUCCGGGAGCAUCAAGAUGAAAGUCGGGAACAAAAAGGUCAACGACGGAGAAUGGUGCCAUGUGGAUUUCCAGAGAGAGGGCAGGAAAGGCUCCAUCUCCGUUAACGGCCGUAGCAUGCCUUUCUCCACCAACGAGGGCAGCGAGAUUCUGGAUCUCGAUGGUGAAAUGUAUCUGGGGGGUCUGCCUGAGGACAGCGGGAGUCUUCCUCUCCCCCCAGAGGUGUGGACCGCCCGCCUCAGGCUGGGCUUUGUGGGUUGCGUGCGGGAUCUCUUUAUAGACGGGCGCAGCAGGGACCUGAGGCGGCUGGCGGAGCUUCAGAGCUCUCCGGGGGUCAGCAGCUUCUGUACGAGAGAGACCCAUCGGAGGUGCAGCUCGGAGCCCUGCGCCCACGGAGGCCGCUGCCGCGAGGGCUGGAAUCGACACGUCUGCGACUGCACUGGAACUGGAUAUCUGGGUCCCAACUGUGAGAUGGAGUCCGCAGUGCUGAGUUAUGAUGGCAGCAUGUUUCUGAAGGUCCUGAUGCCUCACGCCGUUCACACUGAGGCUGAGGACGUGUCUCUGCGCUUCAUGUCUCAGAGGGCUUACGGUCUGCUCAUGGCCACCACCUCCAAAGAGUCUGCUGACACCCUGCGCCUGGAGCUCGACGGGGGAAGAGUCAGACUCACCGUCAACCUAGAUUGUAUCGGGAUAGACUGUAACCUUAGUAAAGGACCGGAGACUCUGUUCGCAGGGCAGAAGCUGAAUGACAAUGAGUGGCACUCUGUGAAGGUGGUGCGCCGUGGGAAGAGCCUGCAGCUCUCCGUUGACAAUGUGACCGUGGAGGGCCAGAUGAGUGGAGCACACACGCAGCUGGAGUUCCACCACAUAGAGACGGGCAUCAUGACUGAGCGGCGCUUUAUCUCAGUCAUGCCUUCCAACUUCAUCGGCCACCUGCAGGGCCUCUCUUUCAAUGGAAUGCCGUACCUAGACCAGUGCAAGAAUGGUGACAUCUCAUACUGUGAGCUCAAUGCCCGCUUUGGCAUGCGCCGCAUCGUGGCAGAUCCCGUCAGCUUCCGGAAUCGAGCCAGCUAUGUGGCGCUGUCCACCCUGCAGGCUUACGCCUCCAUGCACCUCUUCUUCCAGUUCAAGACCACCAGCCCCGAUGGUCUGAUGCUGUUUAACUCUGGAGAUGGCAGUGACUUUAUCGUGAUCGAGCUUGUGAAGGGGUACAUCCAUUAUGUUUUUGACUUGGGCAAUGGGCCGUCGCUCAUGAAGGGCAACUCCGACAAGCCGCUCAAUGACAACCAGUGGCAUAACGUGAUGGUGUCACGUGAUGACAGCAACGUGCACACGCUCAAGAUCGACUCCCACACGGUGACUCAACACUCCAAUGGAGCCCGCAACCUGGACCUCAAAGGAGAGCUGUACAUUGGAGGUGUUGGGAAGAGCAUGUACAACAGUCUGCCCAAGCUCAUAGCAUCGCGGGAUGGCUAUCAGGGCUGCCUGGCCUCAGUUGACCUGAAUGGCAGGCUUCCUGACCUGAUCGCAGACGCUCUACACCGCGUGGGCCAAGUAAAGCGAGGCUGUGAAGCCGGCCCUGGCACAACCUGCACAGAGGACUCAUGCUCCAAUCAGGGAGUGUGUCUGCAGCAGUGGGAGGGGUUUACCUGCGACUGCACCAUGACCACAUACGGAGGUCCCCUCUGCAGUGACCCUGGGACCACAUAUAUUUUUGGGAGAGGAGGAGCACUCAUCACGUACACAUGGGCUCCCAAUGAUCGGCCGAGCACCAGGGCAGACCGUUUGGCCGUGGGCUUCAGCAGCCAGCAGAGUGAUGCCAUCCUGGUGCAGGUGGAGAGCAGCCAGGGCCUCGGAGACUACCUGCAGUUACACAUUGAACAAGGAAAGGUGGGUGUGAUCUUCAAUGUGGGCACAGAUGACAUCACCAUAGAUGAGCCUGCGGUCACCGUGAACGACGGCAAGUACCACGUGGUUCGCUUUACGCGUAGCGGUGGCAACGCCACCCUCCAAGUGGACAACCAACCCGUCAUCGAGCGCUUCCCAUCAGGGAACAUUGAUAAUGAACGGCUUGCUAUAGCCAGGCAAAGAAUUCCAUACAGACUUGGUCGGGUAGUUGACGAGUGGCUACUCGACAAAGGUCGGCAGUUGACUAUCUUCAACAGCCAGGCGGCUAUAAAGGUGGGAGGUCAGGAUAAGGGACGGCCGUUCCAGGGCCAGAUCUCAGGCCUGUACUACAAUGGGCUGCAAGUGCUAAAAUUGGCCGCCGAGGGAGAUCCAAAUGUACAGGUGACAGGAAACUUGCGUUUGGUUGGAGACGCACCCUCUGUCCUGUCUACAGAGACCACCUCUGCCACCCCUCCAGCUGCGGCGGACAUGUCCACCACCAUAAUGGAGACCACCACCACUAUGGCCACUACCACCACCCGUAGACAGCGCUCUCCAAGCCUGAAGGACAGUAUUGCGCAGAACUCAGAUGACCUGCUGGUGGCUUCAGCCGAAUGUCCCAGUGAUGAUGAGGAUCUAGAGGAGUGUGAGCCUGGCACUGGAGGUGAACUUGUGUUGCCCAUAAUUACCGUGGACACCCAAGACCCCCUUCCCAUAGCCACCCGUUACCCUGCCAUCCCCGCCCCUCCCACAUCCCUGACCCCUCUCCAAACCACCAAAGAGUCCCUUGUCCUGUCUGACCCCCGCCCUCCAUGCCCUCCGGACCAGGAGGAUUGCGGUGACCCCAUGGAGGUAUCGGCCUUCGGCUCCGGAGAAAUGACGGAGUCCGAUGACGAGGACUUUUACAAAAACUCCCCCAUGGUCACAGACAGGACGGUCCUACCGCCGCCCCCCGCUGUGGGCAAGAGCGGAGGGCAGAGCCCAGGUGACCACCGCCCUCCCAUCCCCGGCCCCACCACUCACCCCAACCAGCUUCACAUCCCCGCAGGCAAAAUGAACACCCGUGACCAGGUGCUCCUGCCGCCUGCCCCGUCCUCCCGCCACACUCCAGGGUUAACCUACCCGCCUGGUUUCCCCCAUGUCCCCACAGCUCACCCCACCGACCUGAUGGAGAAGGGCCACCCGGGCGCCGUGGAGGUAAUCAGGGAGUCCAGCAGCACCACAGGCAUGGUGGUGGGCAUCGUUGCGGCUGCCGCCCUCUGCAUCCUCAUCCUCCUUUACGCCAUGUACAAGUACCGCAACCGAGACGAAGGUUCUUAUCAGGUGGACCAGAGCCGCAAUUCGGGAUCCGAAAGCAACGGCGCCGUGGUCAAAGAGAAGACGGCGAGCACGACCGCGGCCGUCGCAAAGACGACCACCAAGGGCAAGAAGAAUAAAGACAAGGAGUACUACGUCUGAGAGAGACAGAGGAGGAGGUUUACAGACAGGAAGUGUGCUGAGGAUUUCAAACCUUCAAAUCACCUCCUCUGCAUCCUCGAACAUUUAAGCCACACAAUCUUCUGUUUACUUCUCCAAACGUUUUUCUGCCACCGAAAGUAAGGGAAUGAGGAGGAAGGAACACUGAGCGAUAGCUCCUCCUUUCAUUUCUGUCUUGCGAAGCCUUUGUUGUAUGUAAUUUUAUCGCUAUCAUGUCUAAAGAAAAUCUUCCAUUACAUUCCAAAUGAUGUAAUGCCCUCUUUGCGAUUAAAAAUUUAUGUUUCGCGUGGUCCGGGUCUCCACGGGAGAGAAACAAAACACCAUGGACAGGGAGAGAAAACCCGCCGGUUUAACAGAUGCCUCCACCACACAUGAGCUUUUGGUGCUAUUCUUGAACGUUUGUUUAAUAUUAUCUUCACAGAGUUAUGAAAUCGAGAUCUUCAACGAGACGUUCGCUGGCCCUCGUUGUAAUAAUUCAUGAAGGACCGAAGCGAUUGUGUUAGUUAUUUGCACGAGACAAGCAGAUGCUCCCAUCAGAUCUUGUGGAGAUGUUAAAUCUGACACCUUUUUUCGAAGGGAAAAAAACGUGUUCGGUUGGAAAGGCGGCGGAUAACAUCACAUCUUCUGUCUCGUUCUCUGAUGGAGCCGAAGAGUUUGAAUUCAUUUCCACCCUGGUACCCUUUGUCAGUAUAGAAAUUAGGAUUUAUCUCUCUCCGCCAUAAAACCCAUGAAUUUAAUUCUUUCUUUAGUGUUUAUCCACCAUGGUUUUCUAAACCCGUCCUCGCUUAGACAGCAACACCUCCACCAGCAGGUGUAGAAGAGCUCAGAAGGUUGUUAGAACUUAAAAAGGCGAAUGAAAGGCAUUCAGUAGGCAUAUCUGUCUUUCUCUCUCUCUCUCUCUCUCUCUCUCUCUCUCUCUCUCUCUCCAUGGUGCCAGAACAUUGUGAUCUGUUGGGCUACUAAUUGAGUUCCAUGCAUGAUGUAUUUACAUUCAGCUUUCCAUGGGGGUUUUUUGGUAUGAAAAACAAAAAGUUAAUAACUCUCAUCUCACCCGGAGGGAUUCAUGGGCGCACCAUUGGCGAGCACGACGCAGACAAAAGAGACCUCAGAAAGUGGGACUGUCCUGAACUGAACAUCAGCUUGGACAAAAGAUGUUGUAUCUAUGUAAAUACAGGACAUCGCUGAAAAUGUUUCAGGAGACAGGUUUGUGUGUAUCGUGCAUACGGUUCGUCUGCGUAUGUGCGUGUGCGCUUGUGUGUGUGUGAGUGUUUGUCCUCGUUCGUCCUCCGGCAUGAGAAAGAUAUACGCAAGACUACGAGAACUCUUUCUCUUGCCUCCUGUAUUCUCUAUGGUGUGAAACUACAGCCCAAUACCCAUCCGAAUGAGACUACAGACAGUGAAACAAACAGGAUAAAGAGAAUGGAGACAAAAUCAUAUUUUGAGAACUGUGUGAUGUCUCUUCUAGGAGGGAAAAAAAGGAACUCGUUCUCAUUGGGAUGCCAGCUCACCACCUCCCAAACUUUAAAAGAAAGCGAAAAGGAGCGAACUGACAAGACUUUUAUGGAUAAAGCAGCACAACCUUGUGUCCAGACUUUUGUAUUUAAGGACACCUCCUGGAAAGGAGGGAAAAAGGAAGAAAAAAAAUACAGUAUACUGUCUAGAUAUUUCUUACAUUUGAAAAUAUGUUUUUCCUGAAUUGACAUUCCUUGUUAUAACAAAGCAGUUUUUGUUUAGUCCUUUCUCUGCAAAUGAAAAAAUAAAUAAAUAAUGUUAUUCACAAUAGAUAUUAAUUCAGUUACACAAAGUGAUUUUCAAAAGUGAAAUUCUGGGGUGAGGGGGUGAAUAAUGUUUUAGGAUUUUAUUGAAUUUGGUAAAAAAAAAAAAAAAAAA